CCACCGCGAUGCUGCGCGGAAAACAACUUUACCCAGCCGCCCUUUAAAGUGUGUUGUGGUUGUCCACGUGGCUCCAACUCAAGGCGGAGGGGGGGUCAUCUUUGUGAAGUGGUGGAGGCUCUUUUUUGUUUCUUUUUUCUUUUUUCCUUUUUUUUUCUUUAUUCCUAAAGAAAGCAUCAAGUGCAACUCAGCCGCCCGGUUUCUGUGUUGUAUUUCCCAUAUGUCGCGAAAGCAGGUGGAGCAUGACUACAGCCUCCGUAAUAUGAGUAGCCUGAUGGGCGAGCGCUGGAGGAGAGUGCAGGACGGAGGAGAGCGGAGCCUGAUCGCGGCUCCGUCCAGCUCCAGCUCCAGCAUCAGCCCGCCGGCGGCUGCACCAGCAGCAGCACCCUCCUCCUCCACCUCCAACACCUCCACCUCCACCGGGGACCUGGAGCGGGCUGCCCGCAAGCAGUUCCAGCAGGAUGUGACCCCCGGGUUCGUGUACGUGCUGGCCGUGCUGUCCGCCCUGGGGGGGUUCGUGUGCGGCUACGACAGCGGGGUGAUGUCCGGGGCGAUGCUGCUGCUGAAGCGGGAGCUGCAGCUCAGCGCGCUGUGGCAGGAGCUGCUCAUCUCCAGCACGGUGGCGGCGGCCGCGCUGGCCGCCCCGCUGGGCGGCGUCCUCAACGGGCUGUUCGGCCGCAGGGCGUGCAUCCUGCUGGCCAGCUGCCUCUUCAGCCUCGGCGGGGUCGUGCUGGGCUCCGCGCCCGGAAAAGAGGCGCUGCUGGCGGGGAGGCUGGUCGUCGGAGCGGGGCUGGGUAUUGCCUCCAUGACGGUGCCCGUGUACAUCGCCGAGGCCUCUCCGCCCCACCUCAGGGGUCAGCUAGUGACCGUUAACACGCUCUUCAUCACCGGCGGACAGCUGACCGCCAGCCUCGUCGAUGGCGCCUUCAGCUAUCUGCAGCAUGACGGAUGGAGGUACAUGUUGGGUCUCUCAGUGCUUCCCGCUGUGCUCCAGUUCCUGGGGUUCCUCUUCCUGCCGGAGAGCCCUCGCUGGUUGAUCCAGCACGGGCUGACCCAGAAGGCCCGGCGCGUGCUCAGCCAGAUCCGAGGCAACCAGAACAUCGACGAGGAGUACGACAGCAUCAAAAACAGCAUCGAGGAAGAGGAGAAGGACAGCGGAGGAGAGGGCCCUGUGAUCUGGCGGAUGCUGACCUACCCCCCGACUCGGCGAGCUCUCCUGGUGGGCUGCGGUCUUCAGAUGUUCCAGCAGCUGUCGGGAAUCAACACAGUCAUGUACUACAGCGCCACCAUCCUGCAGAUGUCGGGAGUGCGGGACAACAGGAUGGCGAUCUGGCUGGCGGGACUCGCCGCACUCACCAACUUCCUGUUCACCCUCCUGGGUGUGUGGCUGGUGGAAAGGGUGGGGCGUCGGAAGCUCACGCUGGGCAGUAUCCUGGGUACGUGUCUGAGUUUGAGCCUGUUGGCCGUGGGUUUUCUGAUGUCGGCCCAGCACAGUCCUCCUGUCACCUACCAUCCCUUGGACCCGGUCAUAACCAACUCUACAUGCUCCAAAUACCAGCUGUGCGAGCCGUGCAUGCUGGAUCCCGGCUGUGGGUUCUGUUACCGUGAGAACGGCUCCACACUCCUCGCCUCCUCCUGUGUGCCAGUCAAUAAGGCUUCUGCUGAGCACGCGGCGUGGGGCAGAUGUUCCAACUCCACCCUGAUGAAAGACCAGGUCCACUGGGCCUACAACUACUGCCCCACCUCCUACUCCUGGCUGGUUCUGCUGGGUUUGGUGCUCUACCUGGCUGCUUUUGCUCCAGGUAUGGGUCCGAUGCCGUGGACCAUCAACUCUGAGAUCUACCCUCUGUGGGCGCGCAGCACGGGGAACGCCUGCGCCGCCGGAGUCAACUGGAGCUUCAACGUCUUGGUGUCUCUCACCUUCCUCCACCUGGCUCAGUUCCUCACCUACUACGGAGCUUUCUUCCUCUACUCCAGCCAGGCCUUGCUGGGUUUUGCCUUCAUCUACGGAUGCCUGCCAGAAACAAAAGGCCGGCGUCUGGAGGAGAUCGAGGCGCUGUUCGAAAACCAGCUCUGCUCUUGCGGCGCUACCGACUCAGACGAGGGACGGCAAGUGGAGUACAUUCGCGUCAAAGGCUCAAAUUACCACUUGUCGGACAACGACGCAUCAGACGUGGAGUAGGAAGAGUUCACGCGUUGAUGACCGCACUCUGGAUGUUUCCUUCAUAUCAGUGAUUAUUGAAACACGCAGGGUACCUGGGUGUGUUUUUCAUCUCAUGUUGUGAUGUUACCCUCACUGUGAGGUUGAGAAUUCAGUAAUAUCACAUUUGCACACUUUCCAGUCAUUCAGUUCAGGAAACUCAGAUAAUGUCUGAUAAUUUAGCAGGAGAACACAUUUAUUAUUCCCAAUGAAUUCCCUGCAUCAAGGGUGGCCUGGUCCGUUGCUGCGUCCUACUGUGUUGACCCGAAACAGGUGAAGUAUGAAUAUCUGAAGGUCCAGUAUUUUUUCAAAUCCACCAGAGAACU